GAAGUUCCAAUAUCAACAAAAAAAUAAGUUGAGCGAAGGAGACACGCAUUCUUCGUAAACAAAGCACGAAAUCUAUGAUAAGCAGAGAAAAGGAGAGGUGGUAUGCGGUUGGGGGAGAAAGAGACGGGGUAGGUUUUUCCUACUUCCGACUUCCAUAAAAGCUGUAUAUUGUGUGUAGAUUCACUCUUGGAGGGGUAAAAUCUAUACCAGCUCGUUGUAAACCAAGCCCGCCACGUGGUAACUGGGGGAGACUUGUAUCGUUAGUGACGCACAGUUCACGCUAACAGUCAGAGCGUAUGCAGCGACCAGUGAAGAUAUACGCCUUGGCCUUUUACUAUCAUAUGAUACGACUCGAUUUUUGGAAAACUUAUUUAAGAAGUAUUAUUUGACAGUGAGACUAUUGUUGAUCACAAUGGCGAAUAACGUGACAAGCUACGAAGGAGUUAGUCAUGAAGCAAUGCUGCCAAGGGCAUUUCAGAGAGACCGAUGCAGGACUGACGUUUUUUAUCCCUACGUUUUUGGACUACUCUUUCUUAUAUUCAUAGGAAUAUCCAUUUAUGCUUAUGUUGAAUACGACGGACGUGAUUUUAUAACAUCAAUAAAAUAUUGGAGAUUUUAAAGAGAUUUUACUGAUAUUACUGGUUGUUCGUCAAUGUAUGCUCCAUUACUUUAUCUACUAUUUUUUGUUUUUUCUUAACCUUGCUACGCUGGGCACCAAAAGUUUUAAUUUACUUAGCGAGCAUUAUUAUAUAUCAACAUAAUUGCUGUAGUUCUACUUUGGAACUUUUUUACUUUCUGGUAGACUAAAACCGUAUCCCGAAAGUACAAUGCUUCAAUUAUCGGUGGGUGAACAUCGUCCAGUAAUGCAAUAUACUGAUUUCUGGAGUUUUUUCGUAGUUCCAGUAUUAAGUCUGAUUAUACUAAUUCCAACGGCAAUUUGCCUUCAAAAAGAAGGUGUAAAAGUUUUUUCGGAAAUUUUGAAAAAAUCUUGCAGCGCCCUGGCUUGCUUUUACUCUAUUCGGCAUUUUAUCAUGUUUAUUUUAUGCUACUGCGUGGCAGUAGUAGUGGAGAUACUUAUAUUACUAUUUAAGCUGUCAAUGGAUUAUCGACAAAACCUUCAAGGCACUUUGUUAUAUGCAUGUAUUUUUAUUGGAAAAUUUUACAUAUAUUCAUUUUUAUACCAUUUUGGUGUGGCAGUAAUGUCAAACACAACUGCAUCUUGGCACUAUAGCCAAGAUAACGAAGAAAUUUCCUCAAAAUCAGUAUGGAAAAGUAUCAAAAUAGUCUGCAGAUUUCAUCUUGGAAGAGUAGCUUUUGGAGCCUCUGUAAUUCCACCUUACUUUUUAGCCAUAUAUUCACCAUGUAGGCAUACCGCUACUAAACGAAGCGGCAAUACUGUAGUUGCACAAAUCUUCAAAUUAGUUUCAAUAUCGGAAAUAACUAAUUUUGCCGUGAUUCAAAUUUCUGUUCAUGGUUAUAAUUUUGUCAAAUCAACAAAGAGAUUAUUUGAUUUAAUGGUAAAAAACUAUUCAAUCAAUGGUAGUAAUCAAGCUGUUUGAGCUCGUUUUGACUAGGAUGGUUUUUACAUCCAUUAAAUUUUCUGCGUUAUUAAUUACUGCAUCUGGAAUGACUGAAAGAUACUCGAACAGAGUGAUGGAUAUAAACAUGGUUUACAACUAUGAAAUGAUUAUUAUAAAAAUAGCUGAAACAUUAUCACUACCUGUUAUUAUGAUAGUAGAAACUGCAGUUAAGACAACUCUCAUUUAUAUAUUAGAAAAACAAGAACUCACGGAGAAGAGCACAGAAAUGAAUACAUUUCAACCCACUGCACCACAAAAUGAAAACGCUGUCUAGAAGUAUGUCUUAUUGGAAAGAUAUAACUAUUUAUACCAAAAACUUUUUCUCCAGUUUAUUUAUAAGGAUAGCUUUGAUUUAAUAAUGUUUCAUGUGAUUAUAUUAAUCAUAUUGAGAUUGUUCAAUAAUAUUAUUAUAUAUGAUCUAGCUAUGUUAGAGAUAUUUACAAAUAUUUAUGUACUAAAAUUAAAAUAUUAUAUGUAUAAUUUAAGCUACACCUCGUUACGCUCGGGUGCUAAUACACGCCGUGCUGUAAUGGACUAUAUUUAUGCUACUUGUAUCGUAAUAUACUUUUUUUUUGCUGAGAUCAUGAAGAAGAUAAACAUGAAUCAGCGCUGGUAAAUUCACCGAGUAAAAGUCAAAGUAAGACCGAUGUUGCUUACCUUUAUUUUUUGCCAUGUUUAGUGGAAUAACUUUAAUUAUAAAUGCAUACAGUAACUAUUAAGAGUUUAUGCAUAGUUAUAAGAAUAGUUCGUAGUUCAUUGAAAAUUGAUGUAUAUAUCUAUUUUUUAGGAUCCUCUACAUCAAGUAUUCAGUACAACGAUGAAUCGAUUUACAAUUCUUAGUUGAAUUUUUCAAAAACUAUAACAUAGGAUUUAUACAUAACACCUGCUGCAGGACCAAUCCUUGCUACGUUUUACUUGAUCUUUUUUUACCUUCUCUGGGAUUAUUACGCUGGGCUCCAAAAACUUUAAUUUAUAUUCUUUUCCAUCAUCAUUAUUCCUCCGUUAUUUAUAAUUUUAUAUUUGGUUAGUGAACAAUUUUGGAAGACUUCAGGAUAUCAGAAGUCUCAAGUGUUAUUUAGCAUAAUAUAUUUAAUAAAACAAAUUCCAGCAGCAAUAUGUGUUAAAAAAGAUGGAAUCAAAGCUAUUGAUGAUGUUGUAGAUAAAGCAUGCAGAUAACAUGACAACAAAAAUAUAUGUUAUUUACUUGUUAAA